AUGUUGCCGCCCGAAGGCGAAGCGGCUGGCCGCGUUUGGAGCGGCGGCGGCGGCGGCGGCUCCCUCCCUUCCUCCUGGAGUCGUCCAGGCGCCUCCUCCUCCGUUCCCUCCCUCGGUCGCCGCCGCUCUGAGUCACGACGGCAGAGGGAGGAGGAAGAGGCGCAGCAGAAGAGGCAGGCGCUCGCUCGCACACGAGCCGCUCUCCGGCGCAACCGGGCGUCUCACCUCACGGAACCCGCCUGGCUUCUUCGCCGCUCCCGGAGACGCCAACGGAGAGGGGGGAGGCUCGCCCCCUCCCUCAUCAAAGACCCCCCCCUCCCCCUCCCCAAAAAAAAAAAAAGGCAGAAACCCACCGCCUCAGGGUUGUUGUUUGUGGCAUUUCCAGGCUAAGAGAUCACAAUCAAGUAUUCUGAAGCCUUCAAAACUGGGAAAAAAAGGGGAAUGAACCGUGAGGCUGUUCCGGGGAAGAGUCCGGAGGAGAUGUACAUUCAGCAGAAAGUGAGAGUCCUGCUAAUGCUUAGAAAGAUGGGAUCAAACUUAACCAGCAGUGAAGAGGAGUUCCUACGGACGUAUGUGGGAGUAGUGAAUAGCCAGCUUAGCCAACUUCCUCAGCACUCUAUUGACCAAGGUGCCGAGGAUGGCGUGAUGGCAUUUUCCAGAUCAGAGACCGAAGACCGAAGACAGUAACUGGAGUGGCUCUUUUGCGCUAUAUAGAACUGGAAAGGGGGCAAACGAAGCGCCAGGCAGGUCAAGGAAGAUGAAAGGGCACCCCCUCGGUCCCUUUGCGCCCUCUCCUAAAGCCGGUGUGUCCCCGCGAUAGCUGCCCCUGCUCGAAAUGCUCUUUGUCUUCUCCCCUCCAGCCCUCCUGGAUGCAUUUCACAGCCGUCGGUUCUGUUCCCCUAUUAUUUUGGCUCCGUAGGUUUGUCGCCGAUCCAGGAUGACUCCGGGAAUGCAUUUAGGAUUGGCUUACCUGCCCUUACCUCCACCCCUAAAAAGCGAACCGAUUGGCAGGUUCAGAGAAGGAAAUGCAACAGCCCCACCCCAACCCCCUCGUGUUUAAUUUUCCCUUUUUUUUUUUUUAAUGAAUGGUUGCUGAUGCCCAGCUUGCCAAGCCUUCAGGCGCCAGCGCUUAUUAUAUAGGUCACGCUUGUUGUGUGUUUUUGGAGAGGGGCUUGGUCGUGGGCAAGUGGAAGAGGCCUGGGUUAGAGAGGCUUGUAGAUGUUUUGCUGAGAUCAGUGUUUUCUUUUUUCUUUUUGCUGGAAUGUGGGGGUGGGGAGGACAGAGGGGAAGAGGGUAACCCAUGUGUUUUAGUUACCGCUUUGCAAUUUCUGGAAAGGGUGGGAGAGGCAGAUCCUUGGCUCUAUUUAUUAUAAGCUUGCUUGCCUUUCAGAAGAAAGCCAUGGCUGACUUUCAGCCAAUUGCAAAAUCUGCCCCUCCGUGGCUGCUGCUCCCUUGGAAAUCUCUGGUUUUCUAGGGUGGGUCUUCAGGCUGAAAGGAAGCGCUCAAAAGCCCAGAUGGUGAAAUUUCCCAAUUUUUUUUAAAAAAUCAAGAAACCACAUUUGUGCUCAGGAGAUUUGCCGACACUCUGCCGGCAUUGACAGGUUGCAAAAUCUGCAACCCUCCUCUUCAGAUUGGACCUGUUUUGCUGUAGCUCUUUACUCUAAUUCCUGAGUGUAUUUUUUGUUUUUUUGGGCGGGGGGUUAACAAAAUUUACUCUCAAUGGCUCUAGGUGGUAGAACCAAUUCACAGUAUUAGUUAUAGACCAGAGUAUUAAGAUCCCAAAAGCUGCUUCAUCCACGUAUUUCCUUCCAGGCAGGCAGCAUUGCUGGCUGGGGAAUUCUGGGAGUUGAAGUCCAGACCUCUUUAAAGUUGCCAAGGUUAGAAACACUAGCCUAGGAGAAAAUGAGAAUUGAUUUGUGGGGGUUGGUGAAAAUGAAGCUUCAUUUCUUGGGCACCCAUUGGUGACCCACUGGGGAAAUCAACAAUAAAUAUAGUUUACCCUUAACAGUAAAAUUUAAGUUCCUCUAGAAAGUUGGGGUUUUGGCCUUUUUGGUUUUCUUAAAAAUAUGGAUGCAGAAGGCUGGCUUUUGAAAAGGACACAUUCUUUUUCAGGUUAUACUUAAAUUUCCACACAGUAGGGACUCCAGAUUUCCUUCUUUGCGUUAUAGGAAAUUGCCUUCCCCAGAAGAUCAAACCAAUGUUUGUGUCUAACCCUCCUUUUCAAUAAAAGGUACAAUUUGGACUGUGGUUUUGUGUUCGGGACCAACUUAAAUCCCACCAUCGCCUGGUGCUGUUUGUUUGUUUCAUUAACUUCUUCUUUUUUUUUAAUAUCCUUCGGUGGUGCUCUUCCCCCAAAAACUCGGCACACACACAUACAUACACACCCUCCACCCUCAACAAUACUCUCUUUUAAUCAUUUGCUCUUCAUUCUGUGAAAACUGCACUGUGCUUCUCUCCAGCCUGCUGUAGAUGUUCCCUUCCAAAACCCAUCCGUGAAGCAGUUUCAAAAGGCUACUCACUCUGCCUCCAGCCCUUUUUCCAGCGCUGUCCUUCUGUUGUUGUAUAGGGAAGAGAUGUCGAACAACUGGUGCCAACAACCCAGGAUCGGUGCCAACAGUAUAAAUGUCCUUUGGGGGGGGGGAGGAAUGGUCCUCAAGAAAGCCCAUUUAAGGCUCAAUCUGGUGUCUGGAUGGGUUGAAGAGGGAAUGUGGCUAAUAGGCUGUGGUGUGAUCGGCGUUUCCAAACGGCUGAGAAAAGCAAAGUGAGCGUGUCUUAUUUUGUAAAACGUCUGGAGGGCUAAAAUGUAUCUUGAAUGGGGUGGGAAAAUACAGUUUUACGAGCUCUCCUGUGUAUCUUGUUUUUUUGUGUUCAUUGAUAACACAAGCAGGAUUUACUGGGGGGGGGGGCGAAGAUCUCGAGCCCCUCAGACAUAGAAAAGGAAGGCAUAACCUUAAAUUAUGCUAUUGUGACAAUUGGUCGAGGAAGACCCCAUAAUAGCCCUUUAGGUGUUGAACAGUUUAGUGCAGGACUGUUAAUCUGCCAAGAACCUCUCAUUGCUUGCUCCUCGUUCAUAUGUGCACGUGCACCUCU